AUGUACCAUAGCAAAGAAGACGAUUGGGGUUUUGCUCAUUUUAUAUCAUGGAAUAACUUAAUGGAUCCCGAAAACGGUUUUAUAAAAGAUGAUUCUAUAACUAUUGAGGCGCAUGUAGUUGCGGAAGCUCCACAUGGAGUUUCUUGGGAUUCUAAGAAACACACAGGAUAUAUUGGACUCAAAAACCAAGGUGCAACUUGUUAUAUGAAUUCACUUCUGCAAACACUUUUCUUUACAAAUGUUCUACGUAAAGCCGUUUAUAAAAUACCAACUGUGGGAGACGAUAGUUCCAGAUCAGUUGCUUUCGCACUUCAGCGAGUUUUUUACGACCUACAAUUUUCUGAUAAACCGGUGGCUACAAAAAAACUUACAAAAAGUUUUGGCUGGGAAACUUUGGACUCUUUUAUGCAACACGAUGUUCAAGAAUUUUUAAGAGUAUUACUAGACAAGCUAGAAAAUAAGAUGAAAGGUACUGUAGUUGAAGGAACAGUUCCGAAAUUGUUUGAAGGGAAAAUGACUUCCUUUAUAAAAUGCAAGAACGUAAAUUGUUCAAGUACUCGAGUUGAAACAUUUUACGACAUUCAGCUUAGCGUUAAGGGAAAAAACGAUAUUUAUGAAUCAUUUCAAGACUACAUCGCUAUAGAAUUACUUGAUGGAGAAAACAAAUACGAUGCGGGUGAACAUGGCCUUCAAGAAGCUGAGAAAGGUGUUCGGUUCGAUGUAUUCCCGCCCAUUCUACAUUUACACUUAAUGCGGUUUCAAUACGACCCACAGAGCGAUGCAUCCGUUAAGUUUAAUGAUAGAUUUGAGUUUUUUGAAGAAAUAAAUCUGGAUCAAUAUCUCCAAGAGACACCACAAAUUCCCGCGCAUUAUACGUUGCACGCGGUGCUCGUCCACUCAGGAGAUAAUCACGGUGGACACUACGUCGUGUUUAUUAACCCUAAGGGUGAUGGGAAGUGGUGUAAGUUCGACGAUGAUGUUGUGUCUCGAUGUAGCAAGCAAGACGCUAUCGAAUACAACUUUGGAGGAAAAGAGGAUGCACCGUACCUUGCAAGACGCGCCACGAGUGCCUAUAUGCUGAUUUAUAUUCAAACAUCACAGUUGAAGUACGUCCUACAAGAUGUUACACAGAACGACAUACCAAACGAUCUAUGUGAAAGAAUCACCGAAGAAAUGCGAUACGAGAUGGCCAUAGCUGGCUCUAAAUAUAAAGGAAGAUAACGAGUUAGGAACAAAGGCAAAUAAUAAAACGGUUUUAAUUCCCUCUGUUUCGAAAGUGCCGGUGGCGAUUGAUGUAAAUUAAUCGGAUGAUUGAUCUUGUUAUAUUUACUUUGUAUAUUCUUGUAAUAAUUAUUUAUGU